AUGUACGCGCUCACCGCCGCCAUUUUCUCGCUUUUCGCGCUCGCGUCGGCCUCUCCGGCCAAGCGCGCGACGGCUGAGAUCACCUACCCCCACGCCGCGACUACCUGGAUAAUCGGGCACCACCACAAUGUCACCUGGUAUGCAUACAUUCGUGUCGACACUUCUUCCACGGGCGAUAUUUUCCUCGCCAAGGGCGGCGUCAUCGACCCCACCGCGCUCAUCACCGGUGUUUCGGUAUCCUCCGGACGUACCAUCAUCGUUGUCCCCUUCGUCAACCCGGACACGGAUUACGCGGUUGUCGCCAAUUUCUCCGGACAGAACCCCAACUUCUCGGACCAGUUUGCCAUC